CUUUGGUCCGCGGGCCCACUGUGACAAGCGAUCUGUUCGCCUGUGCGGCAGCCAUUGAUGCUCCCGUUAUUGACCGCCGAAAGCAGACAUUUCUGAAGCAAUUCGACUUUCUCCCCCCCGACUGGAGCCAUGGUGUCGCAUUCUCUCGCCCUGCCGAUGAUCUGCUUCACCACCCUGUGGGCGCUGGUGGGGGUGGUGGCUCCCUUUUUGGUGCCCAAAGGACCAAAUCGAGGGGUGAUUGUCUCCAGUUUGAUUCUCACUGCCAUCUGCUGCUACCUCUUCUGGUUAAUAGCCAUCCUGGCACAGACCAACCCUCUGUUUGGCCCUCAACUGAAGAACGAAACCAUUUGGUACCUGACUUACUUCUGGGAGUAGACCAGGCGGCCCUUGUAUCGCCGUCACGCACACACACACACACACACACACACCCCAAGUUCCAUACUUUUAAGAUGAAGACUACUGUACUGGUUGAUGUUUAUUUAAAUGAGUGCUUAACAAACCUCUAAAUGUGCAAUGUGUUAGUUCCACUUUUUCUUUUUUACAUGUGUAUUUAUUGUUUAAUCUGCGAACGUAAUGAACGGAGUGCUAUGUCAUUGUAACACGGUGAGAAACCCCAAAGUCCUUCUCCUCCUCCUUGUUGCCAUGGUGAUCCAUCCGCUCACCCGAUUCACAGCGGGGCACACGUAAGAUGCAUCUGAGCACGCUUUGCGCGGCAAAAUGUACAUUGUGACGGAUGCAUGUGCGUUUGUAAAACAGUUUCAAAAGAAAACACUCCAAUCAGUAGUAUGACACCAAGUUAUUACAAUUGAGCAUUUUUCCUGUUGGACAUGGUGGAAACAAUUUGUUUUCGACACCCGCCAUCCUCAAAAAACAAAAUACCUCUCCUUGGCGCUUCCUCUGCAAUUUGUUUUUUCGCUUUGAGCCUCAACCGCAGCGAGGUGUCCUGAUUGCUCCUCCCUCCUAAUUUUCCUUGAACCAGCGAUGCUUUAGCCCAAAAGACAAAGCCGGCAAACCCAAAGAUUCCAAAUCAACAUCUAAAUACAGCUACUUUUCACAAAGACCAAAUUCUGCAAAAAAGAGAACGGCAUUCUAAGCCCGACCCUCUCGACUCAACUUUUUUUCUUUUGGAUCAGGAAGGCAAGUGUGGAAAUCUUCCAAGUUGUGGCGCGCCACAUUCCGCUCGGCAGCCGCUAAGCACUUUGGAUAACGUUCCGUGCUUCCUGCUUUUAAUAUCCGCUCGUAAUCCCGUGUGUGUGUGUGUGCGCGCGCGCGCAUGUGUGUGUGUGUGCAGUCGCCAUGGCAACAACAUCCAUCACAGCUCUAAUUGUCAUUGUGACCUGGUAUUAAUGAUUCUGUUAUGUGUGUGAAGAUGUGAAAGAAUAAAAGAGUAACUUCCUUG